AUGUGUGUGGAGAUCGAGAAAGAUCACCCACCUAGGAGAACCAGCAAGACUUCCUCACCAGCAAGAGAGCCGCUGGGCCCCUGCCGCCCCUGCCCCCCGCCACCCCUACCCCUCGCCUUUGGCAGAGACGCCAACGAAAGGCAGGCAGACGAGUGGGAGAGUCGAGUGGUGGUGUCCCCCAAGGAAGACGGCCUCCCGCCCCUCCCCCAUCCCCAACUCCCGCCCCGCGCCGCGCCGACCCCCGCCACCGGCAUUCUCCCCGCCCAACUUCCCCUCUCCACUCCUCCCCGCCUCCUCCCACCGCCCAGGACACACCUCUGCCCCUCACCAAGCCCCAUCCCGGCUGGACCACCUGGUCGACCUCCUCGAACACUAUAUAAGAGGAUGCAGGGCAGCAGGUGGCGCCCGACAAGCGGCCUCCUCAUCGGCCGGACGGAUCAGCCUCGCGGGGGCGGGCGAUGGGGAGGCGUUCAGGUCAGGUCAGGUCUGGGGAGGGAGGAUGCAGCGCCGGCCGGCCUGGUGCGUGGCCUGGUCCCGAUCCACCCCGCGUCUCGUUUCUCCGGCCGGGACGAGUACAGGCGGGGAGGCCGACUCGGUCGCGGAAAGCGGCCUUGGGGAGGUUUUGGCGAACGUCCCUGUCCCAGGGCCGUCUGCCGACUAGGGGACGGAGUCCUCCUCCAUGCGCCUUCUCGCCCCCAGUCGGGCGGGUUGUGGGUCGCGCGGUCGACUUGGCCAUUUCACCGGAGGCAACCUGCUUGCCGGGGCUCCCUCCCUCGGGCCGGUGCGAGGGGUCCUCGGGCGGCCGGGGAAUUUGGGCCGCAGCGAACGAACGAAGCCCGUCCCUCCUGCGUCGGCACGGAUGAGACACAGCCCUGCCGCACAAACCCCGAAAACGUGUGGCUGGACGAGGGAAGGUGGGAGGCCAACCACGGGAUUUCUGCACGACCAGCUGAUGGACACGAGCGCCCCGUGAGCCGGGCGGAGGGCAGCCGCACGGGUUUCGCGGCUACUUGUCCGCGGAGCUCUCGGGGCUCCAAGAAGCCCGAGCACCUCACAACCCCGCGGCGCUCGGUGCGGACAUCUGGUCCACCCGCGCGCCACCGGACCCGGGGGCCAGGCCGCUGGUCGACCCGGCAGGACGGUGGCCCCGGGGGCCUCGCGGGUACGAGUCCGCGGGGCCUUUGGAGCCAAAGGAGCCCCGGGAGCACACCCAGACCACCCAGAGCACCAGGGCCCCGCGGGGCUCGGCGCGGACAUCUGGUCGACCUGGGCGCCCUGGGCCGGGUCCGGGGACCAAGUCCGGGCCGGGCAGCUGGUCGACCCCUCCGCCCGGCCAGAGCCUGGAGCGAGCCCCGCGCCCGGCCUCCGGCCGCCGCACCUUCCCUCUCUCCCCCCACCACGCGUCCGUGGCUGGUCGAAUCCCGCGGCGGAAUGCUGGUCGACCCGGAACGCGGGCGGAGAGAGAGAGAGAGAGGUGGGGCGGGGAAGGGCAAGGGCCACGCACCGGCCGGCACGCCGCGACCGCGAGGCGCGGCGGCCUUCGGACCGGGCCGCCCGGGCGGCGUCAGCGCCAGAAGCGCACAGCCGAGGCCCCCUGGCCCGUGGCCACCCUGGGAAAGGGGCCGCGGGGCCGCGGGGCCGCCCUCCCCCCACCCCCCCCCCGCGGCCCACCGCUCGGCCGCGCCCGCCGCCCUCCCUUUCCCCCGUCCCAGCCCGGGGCGAGGCCCCGGCGGGGGUCGGAGAGGGGGUGGCGCGGCGCCGAGGCAGGGACGCGCCGGAGUGGCGCCCCGCCCACACCUUCUGCUCGACCUCCGCCGGCCGGCGGCGGGCGGCGGGGCCGCGCCGGAGAGGGCGGUCGGGGAAGGACCGACCGACGGACGAGACAAACCCUUGUGUCGAGGGCUGACUUUCAAUAGAUCGCAGCGAGGGAGCUGCUCUGCUACGUACGAAACCCUGACCCAGAAGCAGGUCGUCUACGAAUGGUUUAGCGCCAGGUUCCCCACGAACGUGCGCUGCGUGACGGGCGAGGGGGCGGCCGCCUUUCCGGCCGCGCCCUGUGUCCCGGGACGAGGGGCUCUCCGCACCGGACCCCGGUCCCGAUGCGCGGCGGGGGCGCGCCGCGCCGGCGGGGACGGCGGGGACCCGGCUAUCCGAGGCCAACCGAGGCUACCGCGGCGCUGCCGUAUCGUUCCGCCUGGGCGGGAUUCUGACUUAGAGGCGUUCAGUCAUAAUCCCACAGAUGGUAGCUUCGCCCCAUUGGCUCCUCAGCCAAGCACAUACACCAAAUGUCUGAACCUGCGGUUCCUCUCUCGGAUUCCCCUGGUCCGCACCAGUUCUAAGUCGGCUGCUAGGCACCGGCCGAGGCGAGGCGCCGCGCGGAACCGGGGCCCCGGGCGGCCCCGGCGGGGGGACCGGCGCGCAGGACCGCCGCGCGGCGGGGCGGCCGGGCGCGCGUGGGGCCGGGCCCGACGGGCGCGCGCGCGGCGCGGCCGAGCCGGGCGGGGCGGACCCGCCGACCGCGCGACCGCGCGCGCGCGCGACGCCGGGAGCCCCGCGACGCCGGGAGCCCCGCGACGCCGGGAGCCCCGCGACGCCGGGAGCCCCGCGACGCCGGGAGCCCCGCGACGCCGGGAGGACAACUUAGCCAUGGGUUGGUUUAGGGUGGAACAAGGUAGGGAGGAGGAUAAUGUGAAGGAUGUUCCAGGUCCUGACUGGUGCGACAAGAUGUAUGUAGAUGCCGUCCAAGGAGAUGAGAAACCCUGA